UCUCUCUCUGGAGUCUCUGGGCAUUUCUCCAUCCGAGAGAAGAGGCCGGGGCCACGCCUUACUCUCUCGGGCAAUCCGGUCGCCACCAGAAGCACCGACGGCAUGGCCCAAGUGAGGGGCAGAUCGGGCAGGCGGGCAGCUUGCUUUUCUGACCGCAGAUUUGCCGCUUCUCGAAGUUUUCUAGAAUCCUUCUUUUACUGGGUCUUGGAGUCUGCUAGUUGCAUUCCAGUCGAAUCAGCGUGGCUUGUUGCCGCCCGAGUUCGGGGAGAUGGGCGUGUGGUGGGUUCAGGUUGGGUGAGGAGAACAAGGAGGGGAGGAGGGGGAGGCGAAAAGACAGUAGGCGAGUCCUGUCGGAAGUCGGCAGGUGGCAUUAUUCGCUGGAGAGGGGUCUGAGAACCUUUCCACAGAGGCAAAACCGCCCACGACGUCAUAUCUUGCCCGAUUGUCCGAUAAGAGAUCCUAUCGGGUAAGAGAAAUCAAUCCGGAAUCCUUCCUGACACACUGACUACAAAGACAAAGGCAAAAUAAGAG